AUGGUCCAGACCUACAGCAUCUUCGGCAAGCAGGUUGCCUCCCACUACCUGGCCAUGGGUGUCCUCGGCACAUUGUUUGGCGGUGUAUAUCUCUCGACGGGUGGAAGCAAGAAGACCCCCGCCGCUCCCCCGAUCAACGCUUCCAGCCCCGACGAGGCCGACUUCAUCAAGUGCGCCGCACUCCCCGUCAGUCCGGUCUCUUCUUUAGACGUAGGUUGUCUGACAUGGCCGCAGGAAGUUCAUAGAGGAAGCCGACGCGGAGGAGAAGAAGGCGAACGCGGCGAAGCACUAGGCUGA